GUGAUUAAAAUGGCUUUUAAUUUUCAUACAUUUUUAACAAUGGCCGUUGUAAUGGUGAUAUGUUUUCUACUGUGUUCCUGCCUUUGUAAUUACUUAAGCAGAAUGGAACAUAAAAUAUAUGGGGAAACUUUAAGUUCUCCAGUAAUAGUAACAUCAGCUUCACACACAGCACCUUAUGGUUAUCCAACUAUGGAAAUGUCACCAAAUGUUUCCACUGUACAUCAACAACCAUCACAUGUGGCAAUUCCAAUGCAAAUACAUUCGAAUGGAAUGCAACAACAAUCAAUUAUGAAUCCAUUUCAAUCAACACUCGGUCAAAAUUAUGCCAUGAAUCCACCUUCGUAUGAUGCAGCAAUGGCUGCAUCAUCAGGUCCACCCGCUCAAAUGCGAUACUAAAGUUUGAAAUGAAACAUAAUAUGAGUUAUAUUCAUAAACUAAUUCAGUAAUUUGUGAUAUUUAGUUUCACAUGUAAUUUAUUUAUUUAAAUUUUUUAUUAUGACCAUAAGUCCAUUUACAAGCUAUGUUUAAAAAUAUUUUCCAGUCAAUAAAUAAAAUAAAAUUAGAAUAAAAUUAGAAAUAAGUUUUUAUAUAUCGGCCAUGCUUUCACAAAUGGGACGACUUUUGACCUCAUCAUCAUAGAAGCUCCUUUUUUGAUAAUAUAUAUAGUAAUAUCAAUGGUGAUACUACUAAGAGUGGUAUCCUUCUUGAUACUAAGAAUGAGUAUUUAUUACUUUUAUUAUUAUUUAUU